AUGAGGAUAUAUCGAAGAUGUGCACGAAAUGGUUGUGGGUCUACAAGAUUGUAAGGAAGAUUUUUAUUUGAUUUUAUUGCUUUAGGAGAAACAUGACGGGCCCAAUCAAAAGCCGCGGCUACUUCUGUCCUAGCCGCACAUCAGAUCCGGGAAGUCCCCAGCAGAUCCAGGACCUCCCCGGCGGUUCCAGGUCCGUGUCUCCACAAGGACUUGCAAGAUUGUCUAUUUCAUCCCUGGCCAUAUCGCGAUAUGGCCAGGUCGUAUUUAUUAGAGAUUUUGUUAGUCUUUCUAUUGGCCAUAUAAGGCGCGUGCGUUCUACUUCUCUGCGGACUUCCUCGCAGAAAACCCGCAUUUCUUGUCUGUGGGUCCGCUAGACAAGAAAUGUGCAAUUCUUGGCUGAGCAGAGAAAAAAAGAAAAAAAUCUUCACGGGGAGAGAGCAGAAAAUUGCGCAAUAUUGCGCAAUGUUACGCAAUUUUAGACAAGAAUUGCGCGUUUCUUGUCUAGCGGGCCCACAGACAAGAAAUGCGGGUUUUCUGCGAGGAAGUCCGAAGAGAAGUAG